AUGGCUUUGCUCUUUUGUCUAGGUUCUCUUGCCACGUCUGCAACCUGGAGCACCCAAAGUCCCUCUCUGUCUAGCCUAGUGCUAUCAGACCUGGGCCAGGGCUUUGUCCAGCUGCAGGACCACAGUGCAUCGGCCUCCUUGACUCUGGACCUUCAGCUGAGCAGCGGAGGGAACAAGGCAUUGCGCUCUGAAAUUGUCAACGAGUGUGCAGAGAGGCUGGGAGUGUCUGAGGCUGAGGGGGGUGCCUGGAGCCUGUCCUCCCUCUGCCACUCUCCCAACGCCUUGCUGUUUCCAUCCCAUGGGCUUCACAAUCUCUCCCUCCUAGCCUUGGAGCACGACCACAAGUUAGUGGGAACCCACACUCUGGAUAGCAAGGCCUCCACCCCAUGCCAGGGAGAGCACCACCCAAGUUCCUCCACGGAGAGCUCUGCCGAUCUCUCCUGUGUGGACCUCUCAGCCCUGCCACUAGCCUCCCAGCCCCUGUGGGAGGUCUCUUUGAUCCAGCAUUCCCAGGAUCCUUGCUCUCCCUUGGAGUCGACCCAGCACGAGAUGCCAGAGAUCUUUGGGGAGGCACCGGCAAGUGCGUCCUGGAGUCCUGGGGUAAAGAUCACACCCUCCUCCUUUGCUGAAAGCCUGUCCCUGCACUGGGCGGGCAUGAGGCCUCAAGUGAAUGAUGGUGGUUUGCGCUUCAGUUGUGAGAACCAGCAAUCCUGGAAGGAGAUGAUGGCACUGGGCUGCAGCAUCCGACCUUUCACCUUCUCCCAGGCCUCCCCUAACAACCAAUGGAAACUCUGAAAAGCUAGCUUGUUCCCCCUGCUCUGAAAGGAAUGCUCCUGGAUUUGGAAAUUAUAUUUGCCGUCAUGCAGGUUGGUGGUUGUGCUACAGUUUAAUGCAUGCCCUAAAAGUCUGUACAGUACUUGGUCCUUGCAAUACAUUCAAUAGAUACAUUUUAUAUCUUGCCCCUUUGUUCACAUGGCCUGUGAACAUGGAUGUUUUCCACAGGCCAGGAUCAGAGCGCUGAAGAGACUGACAAAUCUGUACAGUACUAUGGUACCUACGAGCAUCCAGGUUAUAAAGUCCUCCAAUUAAGUCUGUUUUGUUUUUAAUAAAUAAAAUAUUGUAUAAAUGUUUGAAAUAAAUACUGUUAAC